AUGAGUGCUUCCAGUCAAUGCGAAUGCUCCAUCCUCGCCAGUCCUCUUCUCAUCCAAAGUGUCAUCCGGAUCCGGUCCCGUAUCGAUAUCCACAAUUCUCACUUUUGUAUUAUUGGCAAACGCGGUACCGCACUUGAGGACACCCUUCACGGCGACUCCUUGCUUACGCAUGGCAACGGCCACUCCUGCCAGCAGGAGCAUGGCGAGAACCCACUUCAUUUAGCGGAUCUGGAAAUUGUUAAGGGUACUGUAGCGGAGGAAGGAUUACGGUAG